CAGUGUGAGAAAUUUCCUAUUUUUAGACUCAAAAAAUGAUAGUCUUGACCUCGCUGCUUUGAACAUGCAACGGGGGCGUGAUCACGGACUGCCAUCAUACAAUGCCUGGAGGUCUUGGUGUGGCCUUAAUCCGGCCUCAGACUUUAGUCACCGCAAAAGUGGACUCGUCAACCAUUAUCGCACUGGCAGAAAUAGACUUUCUCGUAUUUACAGUUCCCCAAAUGAUAUUGACCUUUACAGUGGUGGUUUGUUGGAGAAACAUCUGCCUGGUGCCUUGGUUGGUCCAACGUUUGCUUGCAUCAUUUCCAGACAGUUUCGAGAUUUACAAAAGGGCGACAGAUUCUGGUAUGAAAACGAUGCGCCAUAUACUGGAUUUUCGGAAGCUCAACUGAAUGAAAUAAAGAAGAUGACUUUGUCAUCCAUUCUCUGCACCAAUCUCCAUUUAGUGAAAACACAGCUAGACUCUUUCCAAAUGAAAUCCGAUAC